AUGGACGUGGACGUGGACGUGUACGUGGACAUGGACGUGGACGUGGACGUGGACGUAGACAUGGACGUGGACGUGGACGUGGACGUGGACAUGGACGUGGACGUAGACGUAGACGUGGACGUGGACGUGGACAUGGACGUGGACGUGGACGUGGACGUGGACGUGGACGUGGAGGACGUGGACAUGGACGUGGACGUGGAGGACAUGGACGUGGACGUGGACGUGGACGUGGACGUGGAGAACUUGGACGUGGACAUGGACGUGAACGUGGACGUGGACGUGGACGUGGAGGACUUGGACGUGGACAUGGACGUGGACGUGGAGUGGACGUGGACGUGGACAUGGGAGUACUUGGACGUGGACGUGGACGUGGACGUGGACGUGGACAUGGACGUGGACGUGGACGUGGACGUGGACGUGGACGUGGACCUGGACGUGGACGUGGACGUGGACCUGGACAUGGACGUGGACGUGGACGUGGACCUGAACGUGGAGGUAGACAUGGUCGUGGACGUGGACAUGGACGUGGACGUGAACAAGACGUGGACAUGGACGUGGACGUGGACAUGGACGUGGACGUGA